CAGAGAGACGACACACAAAAUUCCAAACGCCUUUCAACUCCAUUACUCUUCCUUUCUCACCUCACCCCAUCACACCAUUCUUAACACUUAGCUUCUUCUUCUUCGUCUUCUUCACUAUCGCCAUCAUAUCAGGUCUCCCUCUAUCCUCUCUUUUUUACCUUUCCGACCGCUUCAAGACUUCAAGUCUUUAACUUUAGCUUAAAUUCUGUUCUGAUUUCAGUGAUUGCCUUGAAUUGCUCUUGGGUUUUGUUAUUUGAAGUUUAUUAUGGAGGAUGAAAAUGGUCUUGAUCUGAGCUUGGCCUUACCUUGUGGUGGAUGUUCAUGGAAAUCUAAGACUGGGAGGCCAUCAAAUGUUAAGGCAGAAGAAGGUGAUCAAAGAGAUUGGAUGAAAGAUGAUGGGAGCUUCUUUAGCAACCUUUCCAGUAAAUCUGAAAAGGCAGGCCAUAAACGUAAAAGCUGCUUAUUUGGGAAGUCAGAAAGGGAUGCUCUUUAUGCUGCAGAUUUGCUUGAGAAUACAAGAACAUCAAACGUUUCGAUUAAUGAAGCUGAGGAGGGUUCAACGUCGUAUCAUGAUGAUAGCUCCAAACAAUGUGAUUCGGGUUAUGAAGAUUUAACUGGGAAAAGGAGGUUUAUUGUUUCUUCAGAUAAGGAAGCUAAUAACACUCAGUUUUCUGUUCCAUUCUUAGGCCAACCAGUAAACAUCUUAAACAUGCCUUACUUUGCACCUUUAAAAGAUUCUUCUAAUCCUAGUAUAGUGCCAAUGAUGGCUGCUGGAUAUUCUCCUGUGAUGUUGCCCUCAUUGGACAACAAUAAUUCUUUCGCUCCGAUUCCUCAUUUUCACCAAUCUUAUACCAGAGCCAGAGCUCCUCUGAGCAUAAAUAAGGACAAUGAGAGCCUGAAGAUAUCCCAAGAUGUAGCUUCUCAAUCUUCCCAAUACAAUGGGAAGGCAAUAGAGCAAGUGAAAAGCAAUCAUGUCACGAAAGAAGGUUGUUCGUUUAAUGGGGAAGAAAACUCGAAAGGAAGCAACAUAAUCUUCCCUGGAAAACGCCCGUCUCAGGAGGCUCAAACAGAUGGAUCAUCGGCUUCUGAAUUCCCACCAAUAAGGCUGGGGGUUGCUGCAGAUCUGAAAUUUGGAGGGUGUGGUUCCUCUCCAGACCUGCCCUGGGUUUCCACAACUGCUCCCAAUGGUAAAACAAUAUCAGGUGUCACAUACUGGUUUAGUCCUACUCAAAUCAAGAUUGUCUGUGCUUGCCAUGGCUUACACUUGUCCCCUGAUGACUUUGUGCUUCAUGCCAGUGCCCAGAAAACCUCCCAAGAGGCUUCGGCUUCGUUCCCGGGCAGCAAUUCUGCAGCCUCAGACCAGAACUGAGGGAAAUCAACACAUUUUUCUUCAUAUUACUAUGUAAAACUCUGCAUUUCUGUGCCCAGAUUCUUUAUCUCCUAUAAUCUAGCUAGUGCCAGUAUCUGCAAUUGUAUAUGUAACUUGUUUUUUUUUAAUCAUAUCUAUUUGCAAAAUAAACCCUGAUGCAUUGAAUUGUGUAGCAAAAAGAAAAUAAUUGUGCAAUAUAUUUGGUCUCUUAGAAGCAUGUUGUGUA